AGUUCUAAAUUGAUUAAGAAGCAGAAACCAUGGCCGGUGGUGGAUUUGGGACCGGGACGGGAGGAGGAGACUUUGAGGCAAAGAUCACGCCUCUUGUGAUCAUUUCUUGCAUAUUGGCCUCCAGCGGAGGCCUCAUGUUUGGUUAUGACGUUGGUAUUUCCGGGGGUGUUACAUCCAUGCCGGAGUUCCUGAGGGAAUUCUUCCCAACAGUGUAUAAGAAGAACAGCCAGCCUGGACUUGAAAGCAAUUACUGUAAAUACGAUAAUCAGGGCUUGCAGCUGUUCACGUCUUCAUUGUACCUCGCUGCUUUGGUAGCUACCUUCGUUGCAUCGUACACAACCAAAUUGCUAGGCCGAAAGCUAACCAUGUUGAUGGCUGGGAUUUUCUUCCUGGUCGGAACAGCUUUCAAUGCUGCAGCUGUUAACCUUGCCAUGCUUAUCAUUGGGAGGAUCUUACUUGGUUGUGGAGUUGGUUUUGCUAACCAGGCGGUGCCACUUUUCCUUUCGGAGGUUGCACCCACAAGAAUUCGUGGCUCACUAAAUAUACUCUUCCAACUGAUGUGCACCAUUGGCAUUCUUGUAGCAAACAUGAUCAACUAUGGAACUUCCAAAAUGUCAGGGGCAAAUGGAUGGAGGAUAUCACUGGGUUUAGCUGUCAUUCCAGCACUCUUGUUAACCGUGGGGUCUCUCAUUGUAACAGACACUCCUAACAGUUUGAUUGCUCGCGGUAAGAUGGAGGAAGGGAAAGCCAUUCUUAAAAAGAUUCGUGGUGUUGACAACGUCGAACCAGAGUUCUUAGAAAUUGUUGAGGCCAGUCGUGCGGCUAAAGAAGUGAAGCAUCCCUUCAGAAAUCUCCUUAAGCGCAGAAACAGGCCUCAACUGGUCAUUGCAAUUUGCAUGCAGAUUUUCCAGCAAUUGACUGGCAUUAACGCAAUUAUGUUCUACGCUCCCGUUUUGUUCAAGACCUUGGGAUUUAAGAGUGACGCUUCCCUUUACUCAUCCGCCAUAACAGGAGCUGUCAAUGUCCUCUCAACUGUUGUAUCAAUCUACUUUGUGGACAGAGCUGGUCGCCGCGUGCUGCUGCUAGAAGCGGGUGUUCAAAUGUUCCUUUCUCAAAUUGUGAUUACAGUAGUGCUUGGAAUCAAACUUAAGGACGACGUGAACAACCUCGGCCAUGGCUUGGGAAUUCUUGUGCUGGUUUUCGUGUGCAGUUUCGUUGCCUCCUUUGCAUGGUCUUGGGGACCUCUUGGGUGGUUGAUUCCUAGUGAGAUUUUCGCACUAGAUGCUCGCUCAGCGGGCCAAAGUGUGGCUGUCUUUUUCAACAUGCUCUUCACCUUUAUUAUAGCCCAGGCCUUCCUCUCAAUGCUUUGCCACAUGCAGUUUGCCAUUUUCUUGUUUUUCGCAAUUUGGGUCUUCGCCAUGACUCUCUUCACUCUCUUCUUAAUUCCUGAGACGAAAGGCAUCCCUAUCGAAGAGAUGACUGAGAGAGUAUGGAAGAAGCACUGGUUCUGGAAGCGAUAUAUGGAUGAAGUUGAAGAUAAUCCCAAGGCCCAGGCAAAUGCUUAAACCACUUAUCCUUGCCUGCAGGGUUCUUAGAUUUUACAAUUUCCACGAAUUUAAGUUUUAGGAGUUCUUGUUUAGUUCUAGUAGACCUUCAUCUCGCACGCCUCCAUGCCAUUUGAUUUGUUUUUCUUCCUUUGAACGUAGCUUCAAUUUCAUUCCAAGCAAAGUACUUGUCAGCAGCGUAUAUAGACUACACUCUGCAUGUAAAUUGCUUCAAUAAUUGUUAUUUUCACCGAUUAAUGUAAGGUUUAUCUUUUAUUGUUAUGUCACUCAUGAUCUGGUUAA